AUAAUCAAAUAAUCAAAGAUGGGUGUGAUCAAACUUUUAAUUUUAUAUGGAGUUUUCUAUACAGCUUAUGGCCGUGAAUUUCAAUUACUUAACAAACACGGUAAAACUUUAUGGAUUGGAAUUCAAGGUAAUGCUGACAAACCAGCUCUAGAAGGCGGUGGUGUCGUGUUGCGUGCUGGACAACGGCUAUCAAUACAUAGUGCUGAUGAUUGGGCUGGACGUUUUUGGCCAAGAACUGGUUGUAAAAAUAACAAAUGUAGAACUGGUGAUUGUGGUAAAGGUUUAAAAUGUGGAGGAAAUGGUGGUGCACCUCCUGCCAGUUUAGCUGAAAUUACUUUAAAAGGCUGGGGUGGACUUGAUUAUUAUGAUAUUUCGUUAGUCGAUGGAGCAAAUAUUCCAAUUUCUAUGAAACCAAUAGGAGGUCAAGGAGAUAAGGGAAAAUACAGUUGUAAAAGAGCAAAGUGCUCUCACAAUUUCAACAAAAGUUGUCCAAAAGAAUUGCGGCAAAAAGUCAAUGGUCGUACCGUCGGUUGUAAAUCUGCUUGUUUAGCAUUCAAUACUGAUCAAUAUUGUUGCCGUGGUGCUCAUGACAAACCAGAAACAUGCAAAUCCACUGAUUGGCCACAAAAUUAUCCAAAAUUCUUUAAGGAUCGUUGUCCUGAUGCUUACAGUUAUGCUUACGAUGAUCAUAAGAGUACAUUUACUUGUAAUGCUCCAACUUAUUUAAUAACUUUUGGUUAAUUACAUGGUGUUCAUAAAAUGUUUCAUUACCAAAGAUUUUACAACGAUUAAGUUAUAUUGUA